AGCAAAUCGCCUUUCGUUCAGUCCAGAGCUUGGCAGAAGAGACUUAUCUAAUACUAACAGGAGUAACCGUACCGUCUUAUUUUCGUUAAUAGCCGGGACAAUGAUGAUCCCCAGUGUUAUUGCACCUUCUGCAAUAUAUUCAGCAUUUAUGCGUCCAGCAGCAGCACCGUUGCAUUCACCUUUCCCAGCUCACCCGAGCUUUCUAGUGGAGGACCUGCUGCGCAUCCACAGACCCAGCGCGUACCCGCGUCAAGACGCGCGCUCACCAUGCGCCUCUCCUCCUUCUUCUACACCUCUCUCCAUCCCGGAUACCUCCAGGCUUUUGGACAGGGUCAGCCCCAGUAUCACGGAGAAACGCGGAUCUUGCUCCCCCAAAACGCCAGUUUCUAGCAAGGAUCCAACCUACCUCAAGUUUGGGGUGAGUGCCAUCCUGGCACCGUCACCAAAGAAAGCCACGUCUCCCCUCUCCAUUCACGGCAUGCAUCCCAAAGGAUUCCCUGUGCCUUAUUUUGAUGGUUCAUUCUGCCCUUUCGUCCGUUCCUCAUACUUCCCCGCUCCUUCGUCGGUUGUCCCCAUCCCUGGGACUUUUUCCUGGCCUCUUGCUGCGAGAGGGAAGCCCAGGAGAGGGAUGCUCCGCCGGGCUGUGUUUUCUGAUGUGCAGCGCAAAGCUCUGGAGAAAAUGUUCCAAAAGCAGAAAUAUAUCAGCAAGCCAGACAGGAAAAAACUCGCGUCGAAACUCGGCCUUAAAGAUUCACAGGUCAAAAUUUGGUUCCAGAACCGCAGAAUGAAAUGGAGAAACUCCAAGGAGAGGGAGCUGCUGUCUUCAGGAGGUUGCCGAGAACAAACCCUGCCGACCAAAACUAACCCUCACCCAGAUCUCAGCGACGUGGGUAAAAAGUCGUCUGAGGAUGAAGAAGAUGAAGAGGACGCGUGCGGAGACAUCCCUCGCGCGUCACAUUUCUGCCUUUCACCGAGACGUGAACUUUCAAACAGCACUAAUUCCAGCAUUUCAUUCAAACACUUGGACUUUUCUGAAUCAGAUGAUGAAAUAACAGUGUCAUAAGCAGAUUCAUCGGCUGUAUAAUGUCUGUAUUCAAGCACAAGUUUACGCAAUAACCAUGUUGUGGUUUUUGGCGUAUAAAAUCACUUUUGUUUGUAGCAAAUAUUUUCCACAUCACUAUAUAUUUACUUAUUUGGAAAUUCUUCGCAAAAUGAUUUUGCUGUGUCGCACAGCUUUUUUGGGGGGAACUGUACAGUGUUUUGUACAAAUAUUUUUGUAUGGAUAUUUUAUACCAAGAAUUUUGAGUUUUAGAUUCUUUAUUAAAGUUGUAGACGUAUGUAUAAUUUAUACGAAUUUAUCUCUUUGUGCCACAUUGUAUGCAUAUGUAUAUGUUGAAAAUGUUUUGUAUGGUUUGCAAAUAAAUUGUAAAUUUAA